AUGCGAACGGAUACGAUCCACGCAAACUACAGGAGCUUUAAACCACACCGAGAGUGGAUUGAUUUGUCGUUCAUUGCCCGAGUUUUACCUGAAACAACCAAAGUCGGCGAGCUGGGCCUUUACCCUGCACAAAUUUCUUUCACAAUAUGUGGUACCAGUGUCAAACACUACGUCGCUUAUGGUUUUGAGGACAAUGAAUUCGAUCCUGACCGGGAGUUUGGCGACGACGAGUAUUCACUCGAUGGCUUCCACGCCGAUCAGAUGACCAUGGGAAAAGAAGACGCAAAUCGUCCAAUCUGGGAUCCACGAGAGUACUUCUUGUUAGUCUUGAAGCAUCGGGUGCGGCAGGUACGCAAGGAGUGGGAACGAGUGGUAUGGAACUUGUACGAAGCUUCAGAUGUUCGAAUCUCUCAUUCUCUAAGAUGGCAUCAUCGUAUGCUUGACGUCCUCCGUAUCCUAUUGCCGAUUCUCGAUAACACCAUGGAUACUUGGGAGAGAUUUCUCGCGGCCAAUGGAGACCAUAGCUAUUUCCGUGACUCCACUGCGAAAUCUGAUGCAUCGAAAUUUGGAAAGAUGCUCCACAGCAUUAACAAAGAGUUUGAGGAACUGCAAAAGCUCUAUAGAGUCUUGUCACGCCUUCAGGAUCAAUGCGAAAAGGAGGAAGCCUCUACCGGGGCUCGAAUGAUGCAGCAGAACAACUAUAUCGCAGUCCUGAUGCUUCAAGUCAUUGGCCCGCUCAGUCUUGUUACAUCUUUCUUCUCGAUGGAGGAACCUGUUGUGGAGUUCAAGCGUAACCUGGUUUCCUUCAUCUGGUUUUACUUGGUCUUGAUACUGUUGAUUUAUGCUGUAAGGUUCGUUGGGGAAGGACACAUGUACCGACCUCAGUGGUGUGAAACUAUUGCGAGAAGGGCGAAGCGGAUAUGGAGAGAUGUCCGCGACAUAACCACGAGAACCACAGCAGGUGGGACUGUCCUGCAGCGAAGGCGGACACACGAGUGGUACAAGUUGGAAUAG